UACUAAAUAAAGCAGUUGAUAAUUCAAAUACCCAGUUGACAGACUUUGAAGUGUAAACCCUUUUGAGAUAACACUAUUGAAUGAUCUUUAACUACUUCACAUACAAUUCUCUGGUGUAAAAUUUAAAUCUGUUGACAUUUUCCCUUGGAUAAUUACUCACAAGUUGUGGAGUAGUUAUGUAAUUUGGUGGUUUGUCCCUUUCAAGUUUACAAAUACAAUGCAAGCUUUAAUGAACCUGAAGAAUUCUCCUUCAAGAACAAGCUUUAAUGAAUAAGACCAAAACUGUCUGUCCUGUUUUAGAUUAUGUUUUCUCUGGUUCAUGUUGGUGUUAUUUCAUUUGAAGCCUUUCUUUCUUUUCCUUAGCAAAAAAAUGAUUAUGAAUGGUAGAGGAAUAUGGGCUUGGGGUUUCAUUGUGUUGUUUAUCUUUCUAGCACUUUUAGGCACGAAAGGUCCAAGCUUUUUGUCUGCAAAAUUUAACAAUUCUGAUGCUAAAGUUAUCAACCAACUGCAUUUUAGAAGGAAACUUGAUGAUAUAAGUGGUGCCAUAAAUAUUGAUUGUGGAAUUUCAGACGAUUCAAGCUCUACUGAUGAAAAAACUCACAUGCAAUACAUUCCAGACAAGGAAUAUAUCGAUACAGGAGCGAAUAAGAACAUAUCUGCCCUCUAUAACUCCGAUCGUCUUCCAAUUCUUUUGAAAACUGUCAGGACUUUUCCUGAAAGAAACAGAAGCUGCUAUUCUCUGAGACCACCAGAAGGCAAAGCUAGUAUCUACUUGAUUAGAGCCUACUUCAUGUAUGGAAAUUAUGAUAAUUUAGACAAGUUGCCACAGUUCAAUUUAAUUCUUGGAGUUAAUUUGUGGGAUACAGUAAAGUUUGACAAUGCAUCUCAUAUUGUAAUCAAGGAAAUCAUACAUGUCCCUGUAAGGGAUCAAAUAUAUGUCUGUCUCCUAAAUACUGGUUUAGGAACCCCUUUCAUUUCUGCUUUAGAGGCAAGGCAUUUCCAUAAUGAUACAUACAAAGCACAAUCUGGAAAAUCAUUAGUUCUAUACCAGCGACUCGAUUUUGGAUCGACAACCAAUGACAUAAUAAGGUACCAUGAUGAUGUUUAUGAUCGAAUGUGGAAUCCUUACACCUCCUCCGAGUGUAAUUCAUUGAAUACUUCCCUUGCAAUUGAUUCCCUUGUUGGUACUGAUUUCAAUCUACCAUCAAAGGUUAUGCAAACUGCAGUCAAGCCAAUGAAUGCUGAUGAACCACUAAAUCUUGAAUUUUUUAUCGGAAAUCCCAAUAUAAAUUUCUAUAUUUUCAUGCAUUUUGCUGAUGUCGAGCUUGUCCAGGGGAAUCAAUCUAGAAAAUUCAACAUUACAUUAAAUGGUAACCUAUUAAAUGAAAGUGUUGAUCUUAAGUACCUGCAGUCGAAAACUAUAUCUACUGUGCAGCCAGGGAGAGGAGCCAGACUUAGCCUUUCUCUCAAUAAGUUGCCUGAUUCUACUCUUUCUCCCAUACUGAAUGCACUGGAAAUAUAUUUAGUUAGUGAUUUCUGGCAGCAACAGACAGACCAAGAAGAUGUUAAAGCUAUUGAAGAUAUUAAGUCAGAUUAUAAUGUGGGUAAAGGUUGGCAAGGAGAUCCAUGCAUGCCCUCUCCAUCCUGGGAUGGCCUGAAUUGCAGUGAAAAUGGUUAUGAUCCCCCAAGAAUUAUCUACUUGAAUUUGUCAUCAGGUGGAUUAACAGGAGAAAUAUAUCCUUCAUUUUCCAAACUUAAGUUAUUGCAGCACCUGGAUUUAUCAAACAAUAGUUUAACAGGAGGAUUGCCUGAAUUUCUGUCUGAACUGCAAAAUUUAAGGACCUUGAAUUUAGAAGGAAACAAACUCUCUGGUUCAGUUCCUUUGGCUCUAAUGGAAAGACACGACCAAGGAUUAUUAUCAUUGAGAGUGGAUGGGAAUCCAGAGAUUUGUCUGUUGUCUCCAUGCAAAGAAGAGAAGAAUACUAUUAUAGUUCCAUUGUUAGCAACUAUUGUUCCAUUUGUGCUAAUCCUGAUGGCAUUACUUAUCCUGUGGAGAUACAAAAGGAGAAAAGUUACACAGACUUUUGCCUUGACCAAGAAAGAAGGAGGAUCAUCCUUAAAAGCAGACAACAGACAGUUUAGUUAUGCUGAAAUUGUAAGAAUCACUAACAGUUUCAGCACAGUUAUUGGAAAAGGAGGAUUUGGAACAGUUUACCAUGGCUACUUGUCUGAUGGUGCCCAAGUUGCUGUCAAAAUGCUUUCUUCAGCAGAUCAUGGAUCGAGUCAGUUUCGAACUGAAGCUCAUCUCCUGAUGAGAGUUCAUCACAGGAAUUUGGCUUCAUUUAUUGGUUACUGCAGUGAAGCUAGUAAUAAUGCGAUAAUCUAUGAGUACAUGGCCUAUGGAAAUCUUGAGCAAUAUCUAUUAGACAAGAAAAUGGAGGUUUUGAGUUGGAAAGAGAGACUGGAAAUUGCACUGGAUGCAGCACAAGGGCUAGAGUACUUGCACCAUGGUUGCAGGCCUCCUAUAAUACAUAGAGAUGUGAAGAGUGCAAACAUUUUGCUAAAUGAUAAUUUGCAGGCCAAAAUAGCUGAUUUUGGGUUAUCAAAGCUCAUCCCAUCUGAAAGCAGAAGUCAUUUAUCAACUACAGUCGUUGGCACCGUUGGUUACGUUGAUCCAGAAUAUUACACAACCAACAGGCUCACAGAGAGAAGUGAUGUUUACAGCUUUGGAAUAGUACUUCUAGAGCUAUUUACGGGCAAACCUGCAAUAAUAAAAAACCAUGAUCAGAAUGUUCAUAUUGUUAGUUGGGUGAGUCCUUAUAUCGAAAGAGGCGAUAUAAGAAGUGCUGUUGAUCCAAGACUGGAAGGAACUUUUGAUACAAAUUCCGUUUGGAAAUUCAUAGAGAUAGCAAUGUCAUGUGUGCCAUUAAUUUCCAUUCAAAGACCACCCAUGAACCACGUAGUUGCCGAAUUAAAGGACUGUUUGGUAACACAAAUUGCUCGUGAGCAGAGUUGCAGAAUUGAAGGGCAUACAAUGAGUUUAAGCAAUUCGUCUGAAAUGAUUACUGUGAAUCUUGGAAAUGAAAUUGGUCCUGAAGCAAGGUAGAGAAGGAAUGGGAGUGAUUAUCACAUAAUUCCUUUUUAUUAUUGUUAUUAUUUUUUAUCUUGUUCCUCUUGGGCUGCUGCAUAUACAUUUUUCUAUUGUAUAGAAUUAUUUGUCUACUGAGAAUCGAAAGUAAGAUGAGAGAAAUUACAUAAGAAG